GUCACCCUUAAUUCUUGUCCUAGCAAUGCAAAUAAUGGCCACCCCAUAUCUCACAUCGCCUCGCUCACUGCUGCUGCUGCAACUCCUCCUCAUCGUUGUAGUGAACGCCGGAACAGGCAGCACAUAUGACCCUAAGGCAUUGUGCUCCACGACCACAGACAAGGCGUCUUGCCUCAAGGUUUUCCCAACACUCCCGGACGACGUCGCCAAGGUGUCAGACAACCACGAGCUUUAUACUCUACUAUUCGAUUACAUCAGCACCGAAACCUACGAGGCCACAUCGCUCGCGGAAGCUAUGCUGGAAAAGAAAGGGGAGGAUGCCACAGCCCCAGGCAAGUGCCUCUUGAGCUGCAACAGGACUGUCAAUGAAGUCGAUGCCAUCUUGAAAUGUGGAUUUAUCCGCCUCGAAGACAGACCCCCCAUCAUCCAUCAGAACCUGACCGUGUUGUUCCAUGGAGGCCAUCAGCCGCCGCCCUGCAAGAGUGCCUGCCCUGACAGGUCGUCGUCAAAUAGCGAGGCCCUCCUCGCAACCAAGUUCCACUAUAUCUGGAGCUUGUUGGAUCUGAUGGAGGCUUCCCUCCAGGAAUUAUUUCCUGGGACUGGGGUGAUGGCGACGAUGACGAAUACAUCGGGUAGCGGUGCCAAACAAACGACGGAAACAGCAAAAUCUCCCAAUGUCAGUGCAGAGACGACGACCGCGGUGCCAUGAGCAACUACAAUAUCUUCAACAAGAAAAGGCACACCAAUGCACAUGGAAUCCAUGCAUUCAUAUAUGUAGCUAACAAAUAAUCAUGUUUGACCGAGAGUUCAUUUUGGCCGAAUAGCCGGUUUAAUUUGAUCCAAGUAUGUGAAAAUGUCGACUCAAAAGACACGCGCCGGAUCGAAUGGAUGAAUUAUGCGAAUAACUAGAUUCAAAAGAUGCGUGAAUGAGAUGGGAACUGAAACCUUGAGCUUUGGAUUUGGUUGAUGGAUCUAACAAUGUGAAGAAACGACUUGAAAAAUAUAAUUCCUUAUUGCAA